CUCUUCCCCGCCACCUCUUCCCGGGGAAGGGACGAGGGCGGCCGGAGCGCGGCACACACCCGCCGCCAUGCAGAUCACGCUGAAGACCCUGCAGCAGCAAACCUUCCGCAUCGACAUCGACCCCGAGGAGACGGUGAAGGCACUCAAAGAGAAGAUUGAAUCAGAAAGGGGGAAAGAUGCCUUUCCAGUAGCUGGCCAAAAACUAAUUUAUGCAGGUAAAAUACUUAAUGAUGAAACUGCUCUCAAAGAAUACAAGAUAGAUGAGAAGAACUUUGUGGUGGUUAUGGUGACAAAACCCAAAGCAGCAGCUGGAGCAACUCAGCCAUCAAAUGCCACUUCCACUGUUGGCUCAACAACUGCAGCUCCCACAGCAGUUGCUGCCCCCAUCCCUGUUGCUGCCCCUGUGCCAGCUCCUGUCCCUCCACCACCAGCACCAGAGGCAGUGGCUUGUGAACCUGCACCUGUGAGUGCUCCGAAAGAGGAGAAGACAGAAGAAAAACCACCUGAGGCACCAGCUGCCGUCAGUCCAUCAUCGAUUGACAGUACAACAGGUGAUACAUCUCGAUCAAAUCUUUUUGAGGAUGCUAUAAGUGCACUUGUGACAGGUCAGUCGUAUGAGAACAUGGUGACUGAGAUCAUGUCCAUGGGCUACGAGCGAGAGCAGGUGAUUGCGGCACUGAGGGCCAGCUUCAACAAUCCUGACAGAGCAGUGGAAUACCUUUUGAUGGGUAUACCUGGAGAUAAUCAGGCUGUGGCUGAACCCCCUCAACCACCAAGCACUGGUGCAUCUCAGUCUUCAGCAGUGGCAGCAGCAGUAGCAACUAUACCUACGACUACUAGUUCACUAGGAGGACAUCCGCUUGAGUUUUUACGAAAUCAGCCUCAGUUCCAGCAGAUGAGACAAAUUAUCCAGCAAAAUCCUUCUUUGUUGCCGGCAUUGUUGCAGCAGAUUGGACGGGAAAACCCCCAACUACUACAGCAAAUAAGCCAGCACCAGGAACAUUUUAUUCAUAUGCUGAAUGAGCCAGUUCUAGAGUCUCGCCAAGGUUUAAGUGGCAGUGACGAUGGUGCCAGCACUGGAGGAAUUGGAGAUGCUGGGAAUGCUCAUAUGAACUACAUUCAAGUAACACCUCAGGAAAAGGAAGCUAUAGAAAGGUUAAAGGCAUUAGGAUUUCCUGAAGGACUUGUGAUACAGGCGUAUUUCGCUUGUGAGAAGAACGAAAACCUGGCUGCCAACUUUCUUCUACAGCAGAACUUCGAUGAAGACUGAGAGAAUUUUUUUUUUCUAUUUCACACCUCACACCAGUGCAUUACACUAACUUUGUUCACUGGAUUGUCUAGGAUAUUUGGGCUUAUAUUCAUAAUGCUUGGUGUAUGGCAUAUAGGGGUGGGUGGAAGGGAGAACAUAGGAAAAAAACAAAGCAAAGAAAGCAACAAAUUUAUGUCUGUUUUAAAUUAGCAGAUGCAGAAAAUCGCACAGUGUAAAAAAAAAAAAAUGUACAACCAAAAAAUCAGCUUCUGCAGAUAAUUAGUUCCUUCUAUAAACUGUAGGUUACUUUUUCUAGGUUUUCACUCUUACUGUACUAGUUCCAGAAAUGUAGUGUAAUGCACUGCUUCAUGUUCCUUUCCAGUUAGCAUUGGCAUUGGAAGUAGCCUGUGCUACGUGGAUUUUACAGUCUGUAUUUUGUGGCAACACUGGAUAGCAGCUUUGUGAAAUCUAAAAGAUCUGAGCAAAUGUAAUCCUGAAUGUCAAAAUAGGGGUAUUCAGGGUUUUUUUUUUUCAGCUGUGUUAAAGUAGUGCAAGAAACACAGUAUUUUUGUCUAAUGCUGAAUUAGAACAGUGUUGGCUUUUUUUUUUUCUUCAAAUGAAAACCCAUUACAGUUAAAAGUGUCCUGAUUAUUGAGAAAUGCCACCCCCUCCUUUGUCCCCCUCAAAUGAUCUGAGAAGCUAUAUACAUAAAGAAAAAAAUUAUUAUCCUGUUUACAUAUKUUCUCUUUGGGAAAAAAAUGAUAGAUAUCUAAUUACUGUUCUCUUAAUGUUAUCUUGCAGUAAAAGUUUUAAAAGCAAUAGAUUGCAUGUUUGGUUUUAUUAUAUGCACUCUAGUGAACUGAAUAUUCUUCUUCUGCCAGCAAACAAAAUGCAAAAGCUUAAUUUUUGUCUGCUGCAAUGAGACUUUAUCAAAUCAAAUUUCACCUUCCCAACUUUGUUGAACCAGCUUUCAUAGUACAGCUGUAAGUGUUCUGUUGCUCUUGAAUAGAUUGUAGUGUUCAAGCUAUUUCUGUUAAGUAAGGACUUUUGGGGAUUUAUUCACUUUAUAAGGAAGAGAAGUUCAAAACUUGAGAUAUCAAGCAAAUUGUCAAUUUAUUCCAACGUAACAAAUAAAAUUGACACUCGAAACUUUCUAUUGAAAAUAAACUCUGGUAACAGAGUUUUGAAUCUUAUUUCUUCAUACCUAGUUAUCAUUUAUUUUGUUUAGUCAUCAUAAAAUGUUAACAAUCUUUUUUUAAAAUACACAUUUACUUUUAGAGAUAAUUUUGCCCAUCGUUGCAAUAAUAGGAAUAAAAAUAAAUGCAAAUUUAAUUUAAAGCUGUUCUGUGCAACGUUACCUGAACACAACAUGGGGAUAGUUUGAUUUUUCUACUGUUGUAGUCCAAUUACCUGGAUUACAAAUUUACCUCUACAGUAACCAGGAAAAAUCUUAUUAGUGGUACAGCACUGAACUCCUGUACAACUAAUGAUAUUAAUUAUUUUAAUGAUUUAGUGGUACAACUAAAAAAUUACUUUCUGCUGAGUUUGUUUAUCAGUGGAUUAACUACUUAUCUACUACUUAAGCUCAAAGUACAAGUCAAGUGUCUUGAAAGAAGAGCUAAAAAGACUGAAACGUUUGUAUUUAGUUUCUUCAUUGAUUGGCCAUAGUCUGUAAAAAUAUUAUCUGCACAAAACAUGAAAAUGUAUUAAAGCUUUUUACUUUUUUUUCCUAUUCGUAUACAUCUGUGAUAUUUUUCCAGACAGUGUGUAUUUCAAUUAUUCAGAUUUUAUUCUUUUAAAAUUUCUUAGGUGUAUGUCAUCUAAAUGAUCAGUAGCACAACCCAAAUCUAUCAGUAGGAGAUGUGAUACUACUAAAUAGGAAAUAAGUCUUUCAUAAUGUUUUGAUUUUAGAGAAGUUAACAUUAAUACCUGAAUCAGCUAGCAGACUUCAUCUAAAUAGGAUUCUCAGUUCAUCUAUGAACUGGGAGAGAUGGAUUUUGAUUUAACACUGCAGGCCAAAAGGGGCUGUGUGUUUAUCUGUAAAAGAGCCAGCUGUCAGGUACUUGAAAAACACCAAAUUGAUACAAGGACUUCUUGAAUGUACUUUUACUACAUAGCUAAUAUCUAACUAAGACAAAAGCUUUCAGUUUGUGGGAGUCUUCUGUACUGAUCAAACUGCUAUGAGAAAUAACCAUUCCUUCUCUAGGAGGCUGGAGAGUAAAGCAAGAAUGUCUGGGUGUUUUAGUCCACUCCCUCCAAUUUUGAUUUUGAAAUGUUUACGUAUUAUAAAUGUAUUUGAAUUAAAGUCUGUUGAGCUUGUUCUUUGUAAAAAAAAAAAAAAAAAGGCAAAAAAAGAAAAAGCUAGUAGCUUUGUUCAUUUGUAACUUUGUAUGCGAGUGACUGAGGGAUUUAUGGCUGCUGUGUUCGAAGCCUUACUAGUCAUGCUGUUCCCGUUUUUUCCAGCAGUGAAACAGUGUUUUUGUGACUUCUGAUGAACAACAGGUGUCUGACCUUACAUGCUAGCAAAAACUGUUACCUGUCCAAUAGUGGGAUACUUGCCAGGGAGAAUCAUGUCUCUCUUUGUAGUAGCUGCCAAAAGGGAAGAAUACGUGGAAUUCAUGUGGUGUUGAGGAGGUGUGACCUGAGCAAGCUGCCUAGGUAUGUUGUGCCUCGUUUUCUACCAAGUAAUACCGGGAGUUGUCUGCACAGAGUGCUCCUCAGCUUCUCUGCUGCAGAUCUCUUAGGGAUUUGGGGAUCAGUUUCCUCAGGGCUUUCUGAACAGUAGCUAAGAAAAUAAAGUAUUUCUUCCUAAGUUUUGGUACUGUAGUCCUUACCUAUGUUGUAAAACUUCUGAAUAUCUGCUUAGACAAAAGCUAUUUAUGAUGCACUUUUAAUUGGGAUUAAAAAGUUACUCUGAAGUCAUAUUAAUUCUGUAGUUGUCUGUUCUUAAAGUACUCUGUACAGCUGCAUUUUAAUGUUGUGGUUCAUUUACCUCACCCAGAGUUACCUGAUGAGUCCAGCUAAAUCCCAAGCARUUUGACUGAUUAAAUGCGCUAUUCCUACCCUACACUAUCAGAAUGUUUUAGGAAUGUGAGACACUCACUCCUGAAGUCAAACUGUGACUCUGAUUUUGGAGUGCUGAGUUGAACUUCACUUCAAGAAUGUGCAUGAAUAA